AUGGCAACCAGCACUCACUCCCAAAGACUGCAUCUAAUCCUCGACUUCGACGGCACAAUCACCACGUCUGACACAACCCCCAUCAUCGGCUCUCGCCUGCUCUCCGAAGCUCAAAAUUGCGGCGCAACGACCAAGUCAAUGAAGUACUACACAGACCGGUACAUGCAGGACCAUCAAACCUGGAAAGCUGCGCAAGCUCGAAAGCUAGAGGACUGCGGAAGUGUUGAUGCGGUGGUGGACUUUGUUUCGGAAGUCGUGGGUGUGGAGAGGGCGAGUUUUGCGAGGGUUCGAGAGGGGAUUCUGGGUGGUGGGAUGCAGGAGUAUGAAAGGGACGAGGCGAAGAGGAAUGACUUCAUGCUGAGAUGCGGGAGGGAGGCCAUUCGAGACGGUGAAGUGGGCAUUCGGGAUCUAGAGGCUUUACGACAACUCUUGCAAGUGGCGAGCGCGGGACGGAAUGCGUGGGGAGUUGUAAGCGUGAGCUGGAGCAAGCGAUUCAUCCUUGGUGCUCUGAUCGAGGCUGGACUCAUACCAAUGGAUGGAAAAGAGGCAAUGGCGGAGAGGAUCAAGUGCAAUGAGAUCCUCGCUCCACCGCGAAAGUACGACGAAGAUGGCAGGCCGGUGACAAUCUCCAGUGCUCGGGAUAAGCUGGACGCGAUGGGAGAACUGCUGGCGGAGUGGAAGACCGGCCAUCCCAAUGCCGCAGACACUAUCCUGGUAUAUGUUGGCGACAGCAGCACCGAUAUUGGCUGCUUGGCUCGUGCCGAUGUAGGCUGCUACAUCCACACUCCCGACUCGUCUCUCAACGCCUAUAUCGCCAGGCUGGUUGAUAUUGAGGCGAGAAAGGUGACGGUGAACGACUUGCCACGCACCAAGUCGAGCACGAACGAGCAUUCUCAAGCACUUUGCGCGGUGGAGGGGUUCGAAGAGCUUGCGGCAUGGGCCUCCAAGACGUUUCGCAGUCCAAACUAG